ACGAAAGCAAAAAAAAAUAGAAAAGCAUCAAAAUGGGCGAGAAAAUGGUAGACUUUAGCGUACUGGACUAUGAUACCCAUGAGGAUUAUCUUAAGUCGUUUUCGACCAAAAAAGAUUAUCUAUAUUUGGGCAGUCAAAGGGUGGUCACUUCCCUUGCCAAAUUGGGAUAUCGCUCCACGAAGAUACCUUACGAUGAACCGGAAUUCCUGAGGCGGCACGAUUUGGCAAUGCAAGCGAUACGACCAAAAAUAAUGGGCAUUCAGCCCUUUAGUACAUUUAUGUCGCCAACCAAUAAGGAUCCAGUGCUGCUGGAGUUCAAGCGACGCGAGGAGCCCAUAUACUCCAAGAACUUGGCGACAAUUGUUUUUACCAUGUAUACAAGCUCCUAUUGUUCGGAAAUAUCGGGCUAUCUUGACUUGGGUAUGAGCUGGACGAAUGCGGCGCGCAAUGCCCACGCACAUACGAACUGGCCGGGCAUAUUCCAGGGAACCGCCUAUCUGCGACCGAUGCCGCAUCAUCUGAGCUACAGUAAUCCACGCUAUAAUAUGCUCAACUAUUCGGAUAGCGAUAAUUUUCGGGUCUUGCACGACCAUCGCUAUGGAAUGUUGUUUAUGCAUAAGGGUGAUCAGAAGGUUUUACCAGUCGGUGGUCAACCCAAUCCGUUUGCCAAAAACAUACGCCGAUCGACGGCCAUCUCACCCAAGUACGGCACAAUGAUAUUCUACGAUCAUAUUGUGCGCAAGAAGGUAUAGAAUUAUUUCUAUAUAUGUAUAUAUAUUCUCAGCUAUAAAUUCAAUUGUACAUCAAAUCCUAUGAUAUUAGUAAAAGGUACUCUAAG